AUGUCAAAAAUCAAUGCCAAGAACCUCUCUUACGACAACUCUCUCCCUCCCUUCCUCGCGCGCCUACAAGCCGCGAACAGCACUUCCGACGGGCGCCAGGAAUUCCACAUCGCCAGGCCGAAGAAAGCGCGUACCGCUGAUGAAGAGGCGGAAGAUGACCCGGUGUACUUCGAUGAACGCACUGGAGAGACAUUGACCAAGGCAGAGUGGGAGGAGCGGGAAUCCAAAGCGGAUGGGGAUGAGGAUGAGGAUGACAAGAAUACUGGGAAAGAUGACAAGGGAGUAGAGGAUGGCGCAGCACAAGGGCUGAAGGAUGGAGAAAAAGUAAAAGUUGCAUCCAUAGGAGCAAGUAAGAAACGGAAGCUAGGGAAGAUUGUCGGCGUAUCUGAGGAAGCGGAAGAGGAUGAUGAGGACCAAUCUAGGAAUAAAGAAAGGGGCCCGUCUACCAAAACUAAGGCACUGAAAGCAGCAGAAUCAGAAGCUGCUGGGAAGAAGAAGCCCACGAUAAAAGGGAAGUCAGCGAAGAAGGGUAAAAAGAUCAAAUUGAGCUUUGGGGAUGAGGAAUGA